CUUCGUUCCAAGUUCUGAAUGACCAAGGAGUCGUUGUGCAAUCCCGUGAAAGUUCUACAGAGGAUUCAAUCCUUUCUGCGGACGACAUUCGACUCGACCAGACCUCGGAGGCCCGACGUUAUCUCUCUAAGAAGGGCGACGCGGAUGCGCUGCGGGAUAUACUGGUCAACCUGCACGCGGAGUGGAUGGCGUCGUCCGAAGCGAACGCGCAGCCGGAUGUCAUGGAAGAACUAGAGACGAGGCACAAGGAAGUGUUGGCAGAACUGAGGCGAACUGAAGAGGAGUUGGGCACGCUUUACGCCGAACUGCCAGAGAGGAAUGGGAGCAUUUCCAAAGACCAACUUUGUCCGCCUUCAGAAAUGGAGCAGAAAAUCAGUCGCCAGAGCGAUAUCGAUCACGAGGAAACGGGCAGCGGAUCGGGGUCUCCGCCUCAAUCGGGGAUUCAAGGGAACAGCCUGUCCCGGAUCCUAGAAAGCACGACAAAUGACAACUCGGUUCGAUCGACGGCCCUCGUCCAUGCCUAUCUCGUAUAUCAGCGGCAGCAGUCUCCCCGCGGGCAGUAAAACACCUCCAGAAUAUCUGAAGAUGCUAGGCGAGAAGACGAUCAACCCUGAGAGAAGGCCCCAAACAACCUUCGGCGUUGA